CUCGCCUUCCUCCUCCUGCUGCUUCUCCUGGGUAGUCGGAGCUGCUUCGGAGCUUCUGGACCAACGGCGGGCCUCCGGUCGCGGACUGUCCCGGCUUGCGGGGGGCGCCUCCGGCUCCCAGCUUGGGAUUGCUAUCCGGGGAGUCGCCAUGGAGCCCGAGCAGAUGCUGGAGGGACAGACGCAGGUUGCAGAGAAUCCUCACUCUGAAUACGGCCUCACAGACAACGUGGAGAGGAUAGUAGAAAAUGAGAAGAUUAAUGCUGAAAAGUCUUCAAAACAGAAGGUGGAUCUGCAGUCUUUACCAACCCGUGCCUACUUGGAUCAGACAGUUGUGCCUAUCUUAUUACAGGGACUUGCUGUGCUCGCAAAGGAAAGACCACCAAAUCCCAUUGAAUUUCUAGCAUCUUAUCUUUUAAAAAACAAGGCACAAUUUGAAGAUCGAAACUGACUCCUUGGGAGGAACAGAAGAUUUUGGUUGCUACUGCACAUGAUUAAGAGGCAGCUUACAUUGCCGUGAUUUUCUCCCUUUAUGGAAGUGUCAACACCUUCAGGACAAAGAGAUGUUUCUGGAGUUGCAGAAGAGAACAUAUCGCCCUUAUUUUGAUUUAAUCACCAUACUUAUUUAAUGAGCAUAUUCUGUGCAAUUUAUUCUCAUAUUGUCUAUAUCUUUGUUUUUAAAAAAGGAUCUUCACAAUAAACUAUCACAAAAUCA